GAGAGAGAGAGAGAGAGACAGAGGGAGAGAGAGGGAGAGAGAGAGAGAGAGAGAGAGAGAGACAGACGACCGACGCGCUGAGCUGAGCUGCUCAAUCCGGACAUUAUUUCAGUAAUUUGGCGGUGUGUUUCUUGCUGAAGUGUGUGUGUGAGCGGGAUCAGUGCAGUGUAGAGUUCAGUGUAGAGUUCAGUGUAGAGAUGUGUUAAAAUUAGCCUCUGUGCUGCACGAGCGUGUUGUUUAGGAGUUGAGUUGUGAGGCGGAGGCAGGAAUGUCUGCGUGAACAAACUCUCCAACAACAGGACACAACUUCUCUGAUGACCGCGUUCCUGCCAGCGUGAUGGCAACCAAGGCGCAGGUUUUAUACGACUUCAUAGCAGAGCCAGGCAACAACGAGCUUUCGGUGAGAGAGGGUGAGACGAUCACAAUCACCAACCAGAGCAUAGGCGGAGGAUGGAUCGAAGCGCGGAACAGCAGGGGAGAGGUCGGCCUGGUGCCUGAGGACUAUGUGGAGGUCAGUAAGCCUCAGGCUUUUGCAGCAGGAGGAACUGCACCCCAGCUUGACCUGUCCUUCUUUGACAGUCAUGCUACAGCAAGUACCACACAAGGCCAGGUGGAUGUAGCUCAGCCGGAAACCCCACUCACCCCCAUGACCCCCAUCACCCCCGUGCUCCCGGCCCUGUCCUCCCCUCCUGAGACGAGUAAUGGCAGUGAUCCGUGGGCCGUGUUCGACACUAAUGCCUCUGGGGGUUUCUCCAAUAACUGGGCCGCACAGCCUGAAGGCACAGAGACGGGGCAGAGCGGCAGCAACGCAUGGGGAUCUGGUGGACACGGCCACCCUCACGCCUACCCCGGCCCAGAUAUUUAUCCAUAUCCGUACCUAAUCGAUUACACAGGUGCCGAGGAUGACGAGUGGGACGACGACUGGGACGACAGGAAGUCCUCGGGCGGGUUUGGUGAAAGUGAAACAGGCGAAAGCGGCGCCAUCACCAGAGGAGGAGCUCAUGGAUCCUCCAUGAAAAUCACCCUCAACAAAUUCCCGGGAUUCUCCAAAUCAGGCCCUGAGCUGUACCUCCUGUCCAAACAGGCCUCCAAAGGACCCAAGCUGUCUGUCUACAGUGGUGAGGUCGGCCCAGUGUGGGAGUACACUGAGCCUCAGCUGGACUGCGUUGUAGCAGACCCCAAAAAGGGCUCCAAAAUGUACGGCCUCAAGAGCUACAUCGAGUACCAGGUCACCCCUAACACAACCAACAAACCUGUCAAUCAUCGAUACAAGCACUUUGAUUGGCUGUAUGAGAGACUUUUGGAGAAGUUUGGGUCAGCCAUCCCCAUCCCAUCCCUGCCUGACAAGCAGGUCACAGGACGCUUUGAGGAAGAGUUCAUUAAGAUGCGUAUGGAGAGACUUCAGGCCUGGAUGUCCAGAAUGUGCCGGCAUCCCGUCGUCUCCAACAGCGAGGUCUUCCAGCUCUUCCUCACCUACAAGGAUGAGAAGGACUGGAAAACGGGGAAGAGAAAAGCAGAGAAGGAUGAGACGGUCGGGGUGAUGAUCUUCUCCACGAUAGAGCCUGAGGGACUGCCAGACCUGGACGUCCUCGAAGUCGAGCAGAAGUGUGAGCAGUUCAGUCGUUUCACCAAGGCGAUGGAUGAUGGCGUGAAGGACCUGCUGACUGUCGGACAUGAGCACUGGAAGCGCUGUACAGGCCCUCUGCCGAAAGAGUACCAGCGGAUUGGUAAAGCCUUCCAGAACCUGUCGUCCGUCUUCACCAGCAGUGGAUAUGAAGGAGAAGCUACGCUCACUGACGCUCUCACAGCAGCAGGGAAGACCUACGAGGAGAUCGCUCAGAUGGUGGCCGAGCAGCCUAAAAAAGAUCUUCACUUCCUCAUGGAGACCAACAACGAGUACAAAGGGCUUCUGGGAUGCUUUCCUGACACCAUCGGAGUUCACAAGGCCGCCAUAGAGAAAGUAAAAGAAGCAGACAAACUGGUGGCCACCAGUAAAAUCACCUCUGGAGAGAAAGUCACUAUGGGCAAGCGAGUCAGCACCAUGUCUUAUGCAUUACAAGCGGAGAUGAACCAUUUCCAUAGUAACCGCAUCUACGACUACAACCGAGUGAUGCAGCAGUACCUGGAGCAGCAAGUCAAAUUUUACGAGACGAUUGCGGAGAAGCUGAGACACGCUCACAGUCAGUUCACUACCAUGUAAAGAAGAGGACUGCACUGAAUCUCACACACAGGGCUCUCUUCCGCUCUCUAUUUUUCUUACUCACUCUCUCUCUUUUUCUUUGUCUCUGUUCCUCUUUAAUAUCUGUAUUUGUCUAUGACCUCAGUGCCAUAAAAAGAUUUUGUUGAUCUCAGACCAAAGGAGGUUUGCUAAAAUAUCACAUCCUCUCUAUCUACAUGAAACAUCUGCCUGUAAUGUUCUGUUUUUAAGCCAAGGUCUUCAUCCCAAACGGAGCGAGGAUGUAAGAGGUAGCACAGACACCAGGUACUCUCAGUACUCUUUAACACCAUCACUCGCUGUGUGUUUCCUUAAUGCUAAUUCCGUCCAGUGUUUUCUCUCCAGUCCACUGAGGAGAUUAUUAUGGAUAUGAUAUUUGUGCCACUAGGAGGAUCAGUCUGAAUUUUUAUGCUUUGAAAUUGUGUAUAAAGUUUUAAAAUUUAGAUAAUAAAUAAAAUUAAGUUGAAUUUGCAUGUAAAUGUGAUCUCAUUUAAUUCUAAAAUAAUCAGAUUCAGCAAAAUUCCUGCUCAGAUUUUGGUGCCACAAAUCAUUUUAUAUUUACUUUAUGAAAGUCGUUUCAGCCAAUCAGCAGUCAGGAAAUGAUUGUGUGCCUCAUGAUGAACAUGAAUCGGAAACUGAAUCUGGACUGGAUCUGCGCUGCCAAAGUACGAACGUGAAAUUUAGGUAACACUUUAUUGUUUCUGCUUAUGUGUAUUAUUUAUACACUGGGCAUUCAUAGCACAUUCAUAAGUAUCAUAGAAAUUAUGAAAGGCUUCGCUCAAAAACCGAUGAGGUGACAUCACAACAUCAUCUGUAUCAUUAUAAGCAGACAGUUGAAGAUUUGUUUCUGUGAAUUUUAUAGCUUUUGUUGUUUUUUCCCCUCUAACAGCACAUUCAUGAAGCGUUCAGAUAUCAGCUAUAAAAUCCAGUAUUUGGGCUUUUUAAUUAAGUGAAGUCGUAGAAGGUAAACGUGGGUGCAGUAGAUACUGUUACCACCAUGAAGUUGAUUAUUUUCCAAUAACAGCACAUCCUGAAGUGUUGUAUUCCUCUAACGAAACAUCAAUUUGCCAACUCGAGCAAUUUUUAUUUAUUACAUUAUAGUGAUUAUAGUUACAUUUACUGUCCAUGAAACAAGUCACUGAGGUUGUAACGGCUAUAAACAGUCGUCCCUUUACUUUAAUUAGACAAAAUCUUGCAGUUCUUACCGAGAAAUUCCUGUCCUGAAGUAUUGACUGCAGCAAAAAACUUUACAACCAGCUUUACCACUGACUGUUACAAAGCACUGACACUGGAGACUCCUUCCAUAAAUGUUAAAUAAACAUCUCAGAAUCGACAAAGUCGACAACGCUGUAAUAGAGUGUAUAAACAGAAAUGAAGAACUUGCUAUAGAUGAUGAAAAUUUACAGUAUGUUUGACCUAUAAUAAUAAUAAUAAUAAUAAUAAUAAUAAUAAUCACUAUGUAAAAUCAUACUGUGUAAAAAUCUUUACAUAUGCGUUGCUUUAGAUAAGAUUUCUGCAAUGCUUAGGAGUGUUUUAUGAAGGCCCAAUGUAGAAAAUAAAGUGUGACCAAAUGAGUCACAUCAGAAUUUGUUAACAUUGAAUUUUGUAUUGAAUUGUGUUUUAAAACUUUACCUACAAAUUCCUUUUUUUUUUUUCUUUUUUUUUACAAUAUCAAAAUAAAUAUUCCAGUGGCACAAAUGUCAUGUCAUGUCCUAUGGGACUGUGAUUCAAUAUGAAAGAAAAGAAUCGUCUAUUAAGAAUGACGAGGUGAACGAGUGUCUUACACCCUUUUUUCCUACAGUGUCUUUUUUUUUUUUUGGUUGGUUUAUUUUGGAGUCGCAGAGGUUUGGCCUCUUCACUGUGCCUUUAUGUGCUGAGGAACUUCAGCAUGCGUCAUAUGCUAUGCACUUUCCAUUUACAGUGCCAAAAUACAACAAGCAAUGUGUAUAACCUGUCUAUAAUCUCACACACACACACACACACAUAUACAUACACACACACACCUGAUCACAAGUCUGGUUUUCAAGCAUCUAAAGGAGGGCUGGUCCUUUUUGCACAUGUAUUUUUAAUCUGAUAUCAUACAAAUGCUUUUUUUUCCUCCAAAGAAAGCCACAUUUCCAUCUCUGUGCAAUCUUUUCUUUUUCUCGAGCACUUCUUUUCCUCCUCACACGAUCGUGUGUGUGUGUAUAUAUAUAUAUAUAUAUAUAUAUAUAUAUAUAUACACAAACAUACACACGUUAACAGAUGCAUGUGCUUCAGUUCAUGAUGUAUCAUUUUAUGUAUAGCGAUGUCUGCAAUGUUAUUUGCACCAUGAAUGAUAUUAAAAAAAAAAGCCACAAGUGUAAUUCUGAUAUGAUUUAAUAAACUUUGAUUUGUAUUCUCUUAA